UCCACGUCAGUAGGAGGCGGUCGUCAGUUUGACUCGUGAACGCGUACACAGAAGAAGAUCAUCAUUCCUGCUGUGUUGUGUUGACAAACCGCAUCAUAUCCGCUGAGAGACACAACACGAAACACAGCAACACAAAGUACUGCACAUUGCAAUGGAUGGAAAACUAAGCGACCCGUUUAGCAGUGAAGCCGAGCAGCUUCCAGGGGCAGGAAUAAUGGGCAAGCUGUGGCUGCCCAGAGGUCUGUCCGGGAAUGUGAUGAAGGAUUGGAUAGAUCGUAGGCGGAAAGCCAUCCGUCCUUGGGCAACCUUUGUGGACCAGCGCAAGUUUUCCAAACCCCGGAACUUUGGAGAGAUGUGCCAACGUGUGGUGAAAAACAUGGACACCUUUUACAGCAACUACAUCUUCAUCUUCCUGGGACUCAUCCUGUAUUGCAUUAUCAGUUCUCCUAUGCUGUUAAUUGCCUUGGGAGUGUUUGCUGGUGCGUUCUAUAUAAUCCACUUGAAAACCCUUGAAAAGAAGUUUGUGAUCUUCGGUCGUGAGUUGACUCAGGGACAUCAGUUAGGGUUGGCAGGAGGUGUUUCCUUCCCGGUGUUCUGGCUUGCCGGUGCCGGAGCAGCUGUAUUCUGGAUACUAGGCGCUACAAUAGCCGUUAUUGGGUCUCAUGCAGCAUUCCGUGAGCUGGAGUCGUCUGACUUGGAGGAGCUUCUCAUGGAGCCUGUAUAAAUAUACACCUCUCACCUUUGACCUUUCAGCUUAUUACCCUAUAAUGCCCUGCCUUGUUGUAAUACCACAUAUCGGUUGUGCUACUUUGAAUUAUGCAUCAAUGAAUUAAACAAUAUCAAUUUCCUCACAGACAGACCGGCUGAGAAAUCCAGAUAGACUGUUAAAGUGAUAUUGUCCCAGAAAGAUUCGCUUAGCGAGCACAUUUAAAGACCUCAAAUGCCUUAACUGGUACCAGUGGAUAGCAUUUGCAUUGUUACAAAUUGAAAUGUGAAUUUUUUUCUCGAAGCACAUACCUGAGCGUUAAGCUUGAAUAAAAAUCCUGUAUCAUUGCAGUAGUUAUGAUAAAGUACUUAUUAGAUAAUUUAGUUAUUUUGAAAUUUUACAAUGUGGCAAUUUUAGGACAAUUCUCGAAUGUCCGGAAUAGAUUUACAGAGGCAAAAAUGGGUUAUGCUAUCUAAAAAAAAUACCUAAAGCCAGAUAUAAUUUGUUCUCCUCUUCUACUUUACUUUUACAUGGAGGGUAUGGGUCAUUGCAUAAUAUAUAUUUUUUGUAAUAUUUCAUUCAUUUGUUCUGUUUUCUUACAUGGCCUUGUUACAUCAGCGCUGUUGUAGAACAACAUGAUUUAAUGUCAGCAUGUGUCAGUGACAGCACAGAUUGAUUUUUAUACAGUGAAUUACUGCUAUUCUGUGUAAUCGGUUCAUCAUAAUGCCAAUAUUGUCAAUGGAAGGAUUUGUUUGAUCUGUGUCUUCUUAUUUUGUAAACGGUUGUUUCAUGCAUCUUUUGGUAUUUAACACGCUUCUUUUGUAUCGAGGAAUGAAAAGUGCAAUAAAAUGCUAUUCCUGGAACACA